GUCGCUCUAUGCGCGAUAAGCAAGAUGUGACCGACUAUAUAGUUCUGCGUAAGCCCCUCCGUUGUUCUAGCCCGGUGUCGGUUCAUCACCCUUCUCUCCCUUCUACACCCAUACUAGCACAGUAGGCUAAAUAUCUCGCCAAGACACAUACUAAUCCAACACAAUGGCACCAGUUGACGAGAAACCAGUCUCUCUCUGCAAGUCCGAGUCUCACGAUACUCUGGAAGUUUCCCUGCUAAAGUACAUCUACUCUCACCCCUCCUUGCCCCAAAUCCGCGGCAAUCCGUCCGCCCUGCUCGCUCUCAUCGACGAGUUCGCUGCAAAGCAAGCCUUCUUUAUCAGCCUUGGCCCAGACAAAGCCAAGAAGCUUUCGACGCUCUUCGCAGAUGAAAAGCCAAAGGUUGUUGUUGAGCUCGGCACCUAUGUCGGCUACUCCGCAAUCAUGUUCGCAGACGCCAUGCGGCAAGCCGCUGGUGGAUCCUCGACAGGCCUCCGCUUGUGGAGUCUGGAAGCUGAUCCCCUCAUUGCAUCUAUCGCCAUGAACUUUAUCGAAUUGGCGGGCCUCAGCGAUAUCGUCAAAGUGGUUGUCGGUCCGGCGGAUGACUCGCUCAAGCGCCUAAGUGCGGAAGGGAAGCUACCUAGUGUUGAUCUCAUGUUCAUUGAUCAUAUCAAGGAUCUUUAUGUACCUGAUCUGGAGCUGUCGGAACGGCUUGGCUUCCUUCGCCCCGGCUCUUUGGUACUCGCGGAUAAUGUGGUGCAUCCUGGUGCGCCGGCUUACCGGGAGUUUGUCCGUGGGAGCUCGAAGUAUGAGAGCUGGGGGAUGAAAUGUCUUCUUUUCCCAGAAGAUAUAGUUGACGAGAUUGAAAUCAGCAGAGUGAAAUAA